AUGGCUUCUUCGUCCACUACAAGCCAUUUUUGCUUACUCGUUGCCUUCUUCCCGCUCUCCUCCGCCGUAUACGGACAGCUCUCGACGUCAUUCUACGCCUCGAGCUGCCCGGCGCUAGAGCACAUCGUGCGCUCCGCCGUGGCUCAGGCCAUUGCCACCGACAGCCGGAUGGGCGCCUCCCUCCUCAGGCUCUUCUUCCACGACUGCUUCGUUCAGGGCUGCGACGCCUCUAUUCUUCUAGACGACGUGGGCAGCUUCGUGGGCGAGAAAACCGCCUUCCCCAACGUCAACUCGGUCCGCGGCUACGAUGUCAUCGACAGUAUCAAGACGGCCGUCGAGGCCAACUGCCCCGGCGUCGUCUCCUGCGCCGACAUCGUCGCCCUCGCCGCACGAGACGGCACCGUUCUGCUCGGGGGUCCAAGCUGGGACGUGCCUCUCGGCCGGCGCGACUCGACGACGGCGAGCCGUACCCUCGCGAGCAGCGACCUCCCGUCGCCGGCCUCCGACCUCGCCACGCUCAUCACGGCGUUCGGCAACAAGGGCCUGAGCGCGCGCGACAUGACGGCGCUCUCCGGCGCGCACACCGUCGGCUACGCGCAGUGCAAGAACUUCCGCAGCCACAUCUACAACGACACCGACAUUGACGCGGCGUUCGCCGCGCUGCGGCGGGGCAGCUGCGACUACACGGCUGGGCCCACCGAUGGCAACCUGGCGCCGCUCGAUGAGCGGACGGAGCUGGCCUUCGACAACGCCUACUACGCGGACCUGGAGGCCAGGCGCGUCCUGCUGCGCUCCGACCAGGAGCUCUUCAAUGGCGGGUCGCAGGACUCGCUGGUGCAGGACUACAGCACGGACGGCGCGCUCUUCUUCGCCGACUUCGUGGCGGCGAUGAUAAACUUGGGGAACAUCAGCCCGCUCACCGGAAACGCCGGCCAGAUCAGGGCCAACUGUAGUGUGGUCAACAGCAGCUGA